GCGCGCACGGAGGUUUCCCACCGGCGCUGCCAUUAUAUGCGUGUCACGUAGCCUACGUAAUAAUAAAAAAAAAAGUCAGGGAUUUAGUCAUUAAACAUUUUGGAAGAGCCUCCGUGGGAAGUCCGUGCGCUUCCUCACUUUAGCAGCUCACUUUAUUGUCUCCUGGUUUACGGGACGCAGGGUUUACGCUUCAGGCACAGGGGCAGCAUGACAGGCGGACUGAAGGACAGAGAGACGGACGAGGACUUUCUAUCACCGUUCAUCCGAAAGCAAGGGAACAUAUACAAACCCAACAAUAAAGAGAUGGAAAACGACAGUUUGAACGGGAAGACGAUGGAGGACGUCCACACGAAAGAGAUCGACCUGGUGAACCGGGACCCGAAGCGCAUCAACGACGACGUUGUCAGGGUGGACUUCGAGGACGUGAUCGCUGAGCCCCCCGGGACCUACAGCUUCGACGGCGUGUGGAAGGCCAGCUUCACCACCUUCACCGUCACCAAGUACUGGUGCUACCGCCUGCUCACCGCGCUGGUCGGCCUCCCGCUGGCCCUGAUCUGGGGCAUCUUCUUCGCCAUCCUGUCCUUCCUGCACAUCUGGGCGGUGGUGCCGUGCGUGAAGAGCUUCCUGAUCGAGAUCCACUGUGUGAGCCGCGUGUACUCCAUCUGCGUGCACACCUUCUUUGACCCCCUGUUCGAGGCCAUGGGCAAGUGCUGCAGCAGCAUCCGCGUCAGCAGCAUCAAGGAGGUCUAGGCUCCAGGGACGCGCCAACCUGAUCGCUUGCUCCUCUCCGGAGGGUGUGGGGGGGGGGGGGGCGGGGGGGGGGGGGGCGUCUGAGGCGGAGGAGGGGGGGAUGGAGAGUCGGGGGGGGGGGGGGGGGGGGAGGGUUGACCGUGUGACAACGCUGAGGGAGGGGGAGUUCUUGUUUUAAACAGAGAAGAUGAUGGCAAUGUACCCCUGGGAAGAAGAAACAGGAGGCAAAACAAUUUUUAAGAACUGGUUUUGUGUUGGUCUGUGGCCUUCACCGUCGCGCUCCGCAUUCUGUUACUAAACAUGUUUCCGUCUAAAGCUGUGUUUUUUACUCCUCAAUCUCCAUCACUGGUUUCAACCAACUCAAGGGCCCAGGGAGUCAGAGGGUCAUUCUUUAGGGUGACUUGGCUCAUUUGUUUGUGUUCUUGACAUGUUUUAUUUUAAUUGUAUUUCAUCCCCAUUGUUAUUGCUGCCCAGUGGGCCCCUUCUCCACUUCUCCCGGCUGGAGGAUGUUUCUGGCACAAUGUACAUUCCUUCCAUUCUUCAAGCUAUUCCCCUCACAGCUCCGAUAGCGUGAGCAUGGCCCUGGCUGUGUUUGGUCCACGGGGAGAGCCACCAGGUGUCCCUUGACUCAGCCAGAAUGUGACCCUGCCCCCCCCACCCACCCCCUACCCCAGCCCUCUGGUCAAUGCCCCCCCCCCCCCCACCCACCUCCAGUCCCAACAUUCUGACACGGUGACUUCAUUCCUGCUUGUUUCCACCGUCUCCAUGACAACAGCGGACAUUGGCGACCCCCCCCCCGGUGGAUAAGCCCUCUUCCUCUGGGUCCGUAUUCACUCUCCGCUUCUAUAGAAUAACGUUCGUAUCUCUGUGAAGUCCUCUGCAUCUCCCACAACACGCUCAAUUUCACCAAGUUUUUUAGGACACCUUAUAUUUUUGUUUUUGUAUACUCAUCUUUUAUCUGAACUGUGUUUCAGUGAAUCUGCAGCCGUCCGGGCAAAACAACGUGUGUUUCCUACACAACAUGAAGUACUUUAAAGGGGAAAGGAGGGCUAACUUUAAAUAUCUUUGUGGCUAUGUGUGUGUGUGUGUGUGUGUGUGUGUGUGUGUGUGUGUGUGUGUGUGUGUGUGUGUGCAUGUGUGCACCAAAUGUCGCGUCCUGCAACAGCACUAUUCCCAGUGAACACGCAUGUCAAACGAUGAUGAAAAGCAUUGUGAGUACAUUGUAAGUACUGUUAUCGCUGUGUGAAAACUCUUAUGCAUUAGAAACCCUAAAGGCUACCCAACAACAUGUCCAUGUACCCAGUAUUGUCCCCCCUGAGUCGUCAUGCGGUCACAACACUUUGCCAGGGUUCAAACACACGACUACAGCAGGGAGGGGGGCUGUUGUUCUCCAACAGGAGGCCAUCCAUUCCAUUUAGUUGGUGUUUAAUGGUGUGUCUCGGUCCUGUGGACUACAGCCUGGUCCCGGUCCUGCUUCUGAACUGUGGACCCCCCCCCCCCCCGCCCCCCCACCCCACUCCCCCCCCGAUGUAGGGCACGGGGGGGGGGACUGGAGGACAGAGGCCGUGGUGGAGAGGGGGGGCGGGGGGACUCUGCGAUCCCGCCGCCUGGGUCUGGCUGUGAGUUGGUUAUUGAUAUGAAGAGAUAUUAAAGGUGAUACUUUUAUUAUUUUUAUAUGUCUUUACUGCUUUUUUCUGUUUCACGCUGUGCACAUUAAAAUAUAAUCUUAUCUCAUCUUA